AUGCCAUCUACUCCAAAACAAAAGGCAGUAGAGACCAAAUCCAGCUCCUCCAAGAUGAGGCAGCUGUCGUUGAUGUCUUUUUUUAAACCAGAAAAACCCCAAUCUUCGCCAUUGCUGUCUAAGCAGACCUAUCCCAUCAUAAAAGACGAAGUUAAAGAAUCAAAAAAAGUAGUCUACCAUGAUAGCGACAAAGAAAACGACGCAGAUAUCAGCAUUGAACUUCCGAGCCACGAGACGCCUCUCACGCUGGAAUGUGAUGCCAAUUUUUCAUCGAAACUGCUUCCUCCGCAAUCGUCACCAAUUCCCACCCAGCCGUCUGUUCAGCCCAUUGACGAGCCUAAACGCCCACAGGAGGGUUCCAGUCCACUAUCCAAGCGCGGACGUGCGAGAAAAAGCACCAGUUAUGCCGAAUCCGACGACGAAGACGUGACGGUGAAACGCAAGAAAACGAGAAGAAUAGAUGACAGCGACGACGACGAAGACGAAUUCAAGGCUGAGGACUUGAGUGACGACGACGACGAUAUGAGUGAUUUUAUUGACGACGAAGCUGAACCAAGUGCGGAAGAAGCUGAAGACAUAGAAAUACUGGAUGCUGAAGAGGAGGUGGUCAAGCCAAGGAAAAAGCCACGGAAAUCUUCUCCCAAAAACUCACCUUCACCGGUCUCUACCACAGAAACUACGAACGUUCUUGGCGAAAAAUUCAAAGCUGGCUCGUCAUAUUCAGCCCAGCCCAAGCAGGUGGCCACGAAAUUAGUUACCAAAGCUGCCAAAUCUCCCCCAAAAAACUUUGCCAAAGAGAACGAGGAACGGUACCAAUGGCUCGUGAACGUUAGAGACGCCGAGAAACGAACCAUGGAUGACCCAAACUACGAUCCGAGAACAUUAUAUAUCCCGCAAUCUGCAUGGUCUAAAUUUACUGCUUUUGAAAAGCAAUACUGGGAGAUCAAAGGGGUGAUGUGGGACACUGUAGUAUUCUUCAAGAAGGGAAAGUUUUAUGAAUUGUACGAAAAUGAUGCCACAAUUGCCAACAGCGAAUUUGACCUCAAGAUCGCCGGUGGUGGAAGGGCAAAUAUGAAAUUGGCAGGUAUUCCAGAAAUGUCCUUCGAAUAUUGGGCCAAAGAGUUCAUUAGUCAUGGUUAUAAAGUAGCCAAAGUGGACCAAAAGGAGUCAUUAUUGGCCAAGGAAAUGAGAGGAGGUGGGACAAAGGAAGAAAAAAUCAUCAAAAGAGAACUUACUGGAGUACUUACCGGUGGUACAUUGACAGAUUUGAACAUGUUAAGCGACGACAUGUCUACCUACUGCUUGAGCAUAAAGCAGUUCGACAACUGGUUUGGUGUUGUAUUUGUCGAUACCGCAACCUCGGAACUCAACUUUUAUCAAUUUGAAGACGACAAUGAAUGCACCAAGCUCGAAACACUUGUGACCCACGUCAGACCAAAAGAGGUAAUCUGCGAGAAGCAUAAUCUUAGUAGCACCGCUACCAAGAUUCUCAAGUAUACUGCUCAGCCCUCCAAUCAGAUCUGGAAUACUCUUAAUCCUAAUACUGAAUUUUGGGAUUAUGAUACCACCCUUGAAAAGUUGGUAUCGAGCAAAUAUUAUGAUGCCACUGACCUCGAUGAUUUCUCAAACUAUCCAGAUGCACUCAUAGCUUUCAAGGAUAAAAACCAAUACGCUUUCAGUGCAUUUGGAGGACUCUUAUCUUACCUCAAGUUCUUAAAAUUGGACCACAAUAUCAUGACAAUGGGUAAUAUUCGUGAAUAUCAAAUCACGACUCGUCUGGCAAAAAACAUGAUUCUAGAUGGUAUAACCUUGAACAACUUGGAGAUACUCACGAAUUCCUUUGAUGGAAGCGACAAGGGAACUCUCUUUAAACUUUUGAAUCGAGCCCAGUCGCCAUUUGGUAAAAGAAUGCUAAAAAACUGGGUUUUGAAUCCGCUCAUGGUCAGUUCCGAUAUCAACGACAGACUAGACUCAGUUGAAUACUUGAUGGGAGAAGGAGCGGAGAUCAAAGAUAUUUUGGAGAAGAGUUUGCUGGGACUUCCGGACCUUGAAAGGUUGAUUGCCAGGACUCACUCCAAGAACAUCAAAUUCAAAGACUUUUUAAAACUCAUUGAAGGUUUCGAGAAAGUUUGUGGUACAUUGCAGAACCUCAAAGAUUUUGUGAAAGAAAGUUGUGGGUCCCUUUACAAGUAUCUUCAAGGGUUCCCCACCGAAUUAAAAUCUUGCGUCAAUGAAUGGGAAGAUGCCUUUGACAGGUCAGAAGCAUUGAACGAUGUUGUUGUUCCAGCGACAGGAGUGGAUGAAUCGUUUGAUGCUUCGAGCGACCGUAUGAAGAAACUUGAAGAUAUCUUGAAUGAGCACUUGAGGAAAUAUAAAAAAGAGUAUCGAUCGAAUGAAAUUUGUUAUAAAGAUUCUGGAAAAGAGAUAUAUUUGAUCGAGGUACCCAACAAGGUAAAGAAUAUUCCUUCAGAUUGGCACCAAAUGGGGUCUACCUCCAAGGUUAAACGAUUUUGGUCACCAGAAGUGAAAAAAUUGGCUAGAGAGUUGAUGGAACAACGUGAAACUCACAAGAUGGUAUGUGAAACCUUACGGUUUCGCAUGUAUGAAAGAUUCUGCAAGCAUUAUAAAGUAUGGAAAUCCACCAUUCACGUUCUUGCCAACAUUGAUUGUAUUAUAGCUCUCACGAAGACAUCCGAGACCUUGGGACAACCUUCUUGUCGCCCUCAAUUUGUCGAGGCAGAUACCGGGUUAAUCGACUUUAAAGAUCUUCGUAACCCAUGUUUUGUUACUUCAGGUGAGUUCAUACCCAACGAUGUUAGUCUUGGAGGUGACGAGGCACACUUUGGUUUGCUCACGGGUGCCAAUGCAGCAGGAAAAUCCACCUUAAUGAGAACAACAGCAAUGGCGGUUGUAAUGAGUCAAAUAGGGUGUUUUGUACCUGCUUCGCACGCAAGACUUACCCCCGUGGACAAGAUUAUGACCCGACUCGGUGCCAAUGACAAUAUUCUCCAAGGAAAAUCGACAUUCUUUGUGGAGUUGUCGGAAACGAAAAAGAUUCUAGCGAAUGCUACUGCAAAAUCUUUGGUUAUCUUGGAUGAACUUGGACGCGGAGGCUCGUCAAGUGAUGGGUUCGCCAUUGCUGAAGCCGUGUUGCACCAUCUUGCGACCCAUGUGCAGCCUUUAGGUUUUUUUGCAACACAUUAUGGGUCGCUCGUGUUGUCCUUUGAGGGCCAUCCUCAGAUUCGGCCGUUGAGAAUGGCAAUUGUCAUUGACCAAAAUUCACGAAACAUCACAUUUCUCUACAAAUUGGAGGACGGCACGGCCCCAGGCUCCUUUGGAAUGAACGUCGCUGCUAUGUGCGGUAUCUCGUCAGAAAUUGUGGAUCAAGCUGAAGUUGCAGCCAUUAAAUACGAGCAGACAUCAAUGGUGAAAAAAGCCCAUGUUGAAAACCCCACCAAGAUGAGUUUGGGGCUCCAAAGUGAUAUCAGCUGGCUUAGCAACAGCACCAAAAAUAUCGGGGAAGGAGUUCUUGACUACAAUGCCGUCAUAAAGCAAAAAAGCUUGAAGACUGUAUUUGACAUGAUUGGAACCAUUUAG